GAGUAAAGGUAAACACUGAUCAACUCCCUGACAACCUUUCUGACGUAGUGAUAGUUAUAAUAGUGUUCCCCAUGACAGUCAAGACUAACGAGGCAUCAAGAAGAGAAGGAUCUAAGAGCUACAAUGAAGGCCUUACAAAGAGGUCAACAGACAACAGGCAGAAUGUCAAGAAUAAGAAAGAGAAGACCAAUACGCCUCUUACCAAGGUGGUGCUACGUCGACUUCCCCCGAACAUGACAGAGGAGGAGUUUCUUGAGGCUGUGUCUCCCAUGCCAGAACAUGACUACUUCAACUUCGCCACUGCUGACUACGCCCUUGGUCCCAAUGGAUAUACCCGAGCUUAUAUUAACUUCAAGAAUGUGGAUGAUGUCUUCACAUUCAGAGACAAGUUUGAUGGCUAUGUAUUUGUUGAUCAGAAAGGGAAUGAACAUCCUGCCAUGGUGGAAUUUGCUCCCUUUCAAAAGAUACCAAAACGCACCAGUGGAAAGAAGAGAGAUGCAAGAUGCGGAACCAUUGAUCAUGACCCAGAUUUCCUCGCCUUCUUGGAGACUAUCACUAACCCUGUAACUGUGACACUCCCGCCAAUGGAGGCUGUGCUUGAGGAGAUUCAGGCACAAGAUAGGGAGUUAAAGGCAAACAAUGGAGUGAUGAAAAUCAAGACGCCUCUUCUUGAGUUUAUUGAACUAAAAAAAGCAGAGAAAUUGAGAAGUAAAGAAGAGAAAAAAGAAGAGAGGAGAAGAAAAGAAUUUGAAAGAAAAAAGGCAAGAGAAGAGGAUAAAAGAAAGAAGAAAGAUGUGAAGGACCACAGGGACAUAAAGAAGAAGGAGGACACAAAGGAUGACAGCUCGGUGAAGGUAUUGCGACCAGAAAGAAUUAGGGAGGAUUAUACCACUGAGGUAAAGAUGUCAAGGAAAGUAGAAAGGUAUGAAAAAGAGAAACAAAGAAGAAUUGAAGAAGAUAGGCAAAAGAGAGAGCGAGAAAAAGGAAGGUUAAUGAAAAAAGAAAAGGAAAAAGAAAGAGAAGACAGGAUGAGAAGACAUGAAGAAAAGAUAAAGGUGAAGGAGGAAGAGAGAGUAAGACAGAGAGAGGAAAUAAAGGAAGAGUGGCAGGAUGAGAAAAGUCAUGUGAACAAACCUGAAGGGGCAAAAUCUAAACGUUACAGUGAAGGACGUAGAAAGGAAGAGAGAGAGAGGGAAAGAAGAAUGAAGGAAGAAAAAGAUAGAGAAAAAAAAAGUAAAGAUGAUAUUGAGAGGGAAGUUAAGACAAAGGAUGUAGAAGAAAUUGAUAAUGAAAGAGUUACAGUGUCAACAGAACCUAUGGAAGUGUUAGAAGCACAGGACUCCCAGCAAGAGAAGAGUGAGGAGGGGAUCUUGAACGAUGACACCAACCAAGAAGAAACUGGUAAAGAACCACAGGAAAGAGAUGAAACUUUUGAAGAGAAACCUACUCGCAAGAAAAGAGAGAAAGAUCCAAGAAUGGAAAGAAGGAUAAGAAAUAAGGAUCGUCCAGCAAUGGCUCUCUACAGACCAGGGCAAUCUCGACUUAGUAGUCGGAUGCGUCAAGACCGAGAGGAAGGUGCAGAAACAUCCUCAUCUAGUCCCAGUCCUGUCAUGCCUUCAGGGGACCCCAAAAAGUACCACUCUCAGUCAAAAAAAGAAGGUUCUGAUACCCAAAGAGAUACAGCGAACUCCAAAGAAGGAUCUGUAGAAUCCAGAAGUGACUCUGUGGACUUUGAGCAAGAGUAUUCGAAGUCUAAGGAAGAGAGGGGUAGGGAUAGCCAGGUGGGUAAUAAGAGUUUUAGGGAGAGCAGGAUGAAGAGUAACGAAACCAAUAGUGAGAGGUACUAUAAAUUAAAUGAAGGAAAGAGUAGAGGUCACCACACAGGACGCAAGAGAGGAACAGAGGAUGACAUUGAGGUACGAGAUGGUGCCCAUGGUGAGCAAGAUGCUGAGAUGGGAGACAUUUCAGAUGUGGCUGAUGAUAUGAAGAAAUUCCCUGGAGUGAAGACCAUGACUUUCAGAAGGAGUGUCAGCCGAGAGUAGGAUGCUGCAGUGCUCUCUCUAUAGCUUUAUUUCCUCAUGAUCAUCUUAUCUCAGAGAAUAUGUUCAAAUUUUAUUACACUGUAGACAGUCAUUUAUACUGAUACAUCAAUUAGAAUGGUAUUUGUAAAUAGUAUGAUUUACAGCAACCAUUUAUUUUAUGGCCUUUGGUUCAUUACUAAACGACUUGUGUGACAUACUUGCUCUGAACUCCCCUGGGGAAUAUUUACAUCAAAAGGCAAGGAAACUGUUCAACACAAAUGAGUUAGUGGUUACUUAUAAGGUAAUUCUUACCAGGUAAAUCAGUGGAUAGCAAAGGCAAAAUCUCAACCAUGAUCUUCAGUAAAAGUUUCUUUGCAAAGACCACGAGUUGAGCAGUCACUGCAGUCACUUGGGUGAAUCCACUAUCAUGUUAUGUGCUUUGAACAUUUCUAAUGUAAACUUGGGUUUCUGAAGUUCAGCCCUCACUUUUUCCCUACCCUCAGGGUAUCUGAGCUAAGUUUAUUUUCUGUCCUUAUUUGGGAAGAUUUGUUUUUGUAAUGUAUAUUUCUGUAUGUGUUUUGUGCUUUACAUACAGUAAGGUUCUGUUAAACCAGUAACAGAUGAAUGAGAAUUCGGUUUACAAGCUUAGUGUUUUAGGGUAUGAAAAUUCAAUUAACAAAUUUUUAUUUGAUUCAGUGAAUAAAGUACUCAUGAAUCAACUCUCAUUAGUCACUGCUUUUUCAUCUGCACUGCAUUGUGAUCUAGGCAGAUGCUCACCUGUGAGAUGUUGCUUUCUCUCCAAUAAAUAGUAAUAUUUUUGUAACGAAUGGGUAGUAAGCAUGAAUUUAUUACAUCUAUCCUCGAAAUUCACAGGGGUUAGGGACCAGACAAGUGCUGUGAUAGGCAAAUCUGCAAUAAGUCAACUAUCUAAGGGGAAAAAUAUGGUUUCAUCCCAAGACCCCCAAGCUGCCUCCCCAUAACCAACCUAAAUAGCCCCCCAAGACUAUUAAACACAUUAACACAUAACCAUACAUGCUGUGUUAGUCUUUACAUUUAUCUUAUCAGCCUUAUUUUGAGGUGAAUAAACACAUCUUUGGCAUUUACUGGGGUCUGGGGCAGCCUUCUUUUUAUGCACUGGUGGUAUGAUGCAGGGAUGUAAUAUAUACCCCCCAAAAUUCUGGCUAAAACAGUCAAAGAGGCAUGACCGAUCAAGAAAGCAGUUAAAAUCAAUAACAAACCCAGGAACCAGUGCAUUGUGGGUAAUGUCGCUUCUCUCUGCUGCCAUCUCUUGCUGAAUGCAGACUACCAUCGCUGACCUGUGAUAACAAUAUAUUGGGUCACAAUUGAGGUUUUGGGUUGAAAAUUUUGGGCUGGAACACAUCUCGGCUUUUAUCAUGGGAUCCUAGGGGUAAAUGACUCCUGUUGAAUGAGAAAUAACAUAAUGAGCACUUUUUAGGAACAUGUAUCACUCAUUAUGCUGGCCCUUACUGUAUUUGUGUCUAUAUAUACUGUAUGUGUAUAUAAUCAUCAUCUAUUUAAGUCUUAAAACACACUUGAGGAUAACUUAUCGCUGUAUCAUAAUGGAAAUUAGUUUGGAUAUUAAAGAUUAUUCUAUUUCAUUUAA